GAAAAACCAGGUUACAAAAAUUGUCAUUACUGGUAAAAAUAGGAUAUCGAUUUACGAUAACUUGCUCAUCCCUACCUCAUAAAUCACAAAAAAAAACAAUAGCAACAGCGAAAUUACGCUAGACUUCUGUAGUAAAAUACUAUUUGUCAAAUAGCCUGAUAUUAGUUAACCUUUGGAAUGGAUUCAGCUCCUCCGGAACCAGCGAAAGUACCUGCAACAGCUGAUGCCAUAGCAGCACGUCGGGAAGCUCGCCGGAAACGAAUCUUAGAAAAUUCAAACUCCCGUUUGACUAAAAUCACUGGCAGAGAACAUAAUGAACCGCCUGCUGAAGAUUUUACUGUAAAUCCAGAAGUAAUUUAUCCCGAUCCAGAAGAUGAACGUGACGUAUACCAGCAACCAGUGGCGAACCCGGUUUUUGCUGGAACAGCAAACCUACCUCUAAAUGGGGACAUAUUCCAAGAAUUUUCCACUCUGUUCGGUAGUGCCGCAGCCAACGGUACCGCAGGAACAUCCGUGCCACCCGUUCCAGAUAGUACUCUAAUUAGGUUCCUGCGAACAAAAAUUCACAUUGCACUAAUGGGAGUGCUGGUGUAUUUGCUUUUCGCCACUGAUCGACAGCAUCUAAUCGGCGGCAAUGUGUUCGUCCUGCUGCUGGGGUGGGAGCUGAUGGAAGUUUUCCUUUUAAAAACCUACCAACCCAAAGCAUCCUUCCUGGACGUGGUAUUCCUGCUGGGUGGUAUACCGAAGAAAUACUCGCAAAUGAUUGUCAAAUUUGCACAAACAAUCAACAAGGUGCUGAAGGACGUAGCGUUCUUUAUGUUCUUCUUCGUACUGAGCCAUCUUGUGUGGAGCGUGCUGGUGCUGGGAAUCGAAAUCGGCUACGUGUUAAACUAUGACACUCUUGAACCAGUCUCUUAGGAUAGAAAGGACCAAGCUUUGAAUAUGCUACUGCGACUUUUACCUUAAAAGUAAAUGCACCAAGUUUUUCUUUGGAAUCUAUCUAAUAACCUUUCGUCAAGAUUAAUUUGCGUAAGAGAAACAAAAUAACCAAAGGAACUAAGCAGGUAGAUACUUAUGCUGGUAUAGAAACAAAAAACGACUACUCGUGUUAAUCGCGCCGUCAUU